CGGUCAGAAGAAACCAGAGAGCAGGAGAAAGAAAAAAAAAAAGGGCGGGAGGGUUUUGAUUUUUUGUCCGUUUAAUCAAAACUUUUUCCUUUCCCCUCUCUCCUCUCUUCCAAGAUGGAUAGCCACGUGGAGCCCAUUACCGCCACCGCUGGCCCUACCCCGCACUCCCCGCCGCAUGAUCCUCUUGAUUUCGUUUCCGUCGGAUCCCCAGAAGAGGAGAUUCCAUCUCCACCGUCCGAAGAGGAUCACAACCAGGAUCAAGGUCACGACAAUGACUACGAGCAUGGUCAUGAUCAGGAUCAGGAUCAGGAUCAGGAUCAGAAUCAGAGUCACGAGGACUCGUCGGCGACUGGUGUACUUACUGAUGAUCUGAAAAACAAGAUCAUUAAGCAGGUGGAAUAUUAUUUUAGCGAUGAAAAUUUGCCGACGGAUAAGUUUAUGACGAGUCUGGUUAAGAAGAAUAAAGAAGGUUUUGUUCCUAUUUCGGUAAUUUCUUCUUUUAGGAAAAUGAAAAAACUCAGCAGAAAUUAUCCAUCAAUAGUUGCUGCUCUCAGAGAGUCUUCCCUACUUGUUGUUAGUUCUGAUGGAAAGAAAGUGAAGCGCCGCAAUCCUCUUCCAUUCAUGGAGGUUAGGGAUUCAAAGUUAUUCACUGUUUUGGUAGAAAAUCUUCCAGAGGAUCAUUCAGUGGAGAACGUUAGGAGGAUAUUUGGUAAAGUUGGACGCGUAAAGAACAUAUCUGUUCGUGAUCCACAUGCUGUGGAAGUGUCAAAGAAAAGUGGUAGGGCAGAUAUCUUGAUCAGUAGUAAGUUACAUGCACUGGUGGAGUAUGAGACUGUGGAGGCUGCUGAAAAAGCUGUGACUACUUUGAAUGAUGAACACGACUGGAGAAAUGGCAUGCAUGUUAAGCUUCUUAAGCGAAUGGGCAAGUAUGGGCAGCAAAGGCAAGCUUGGAGGGGAUCCGAUCCUGAAAAGAACAGCAAUGCUCGAGCAUCUGAUCAAACAGGAGAUGAGGAGAAUAAUACCUCAAGUGAGCAUCAUGAAGAUAUACCAGAUGAGGAGGAUGGGGGGCAUUUGUCCAAGGAGAAAAACGGGCAUCGAGGUGGAAACAGAGGACGAGGAAGGAGACAGAAAACUCGUGGUACCAGUGGACUUGGGCAUGGUAGUACAUCCUCUUCCCAUGUUGUUGAACCAUCAAAGCCGCCUCCGGGCCCUAGAAUGCCCGAUGGAACUAGGGGAUUCACAAUGGGACGAGGACGACCACUCCUUUCUAAGCAGAGUUAGUGACUUGUGCCUGCGUCUGGUGUGCUUUUAUAUUUUGUGUUUGAUUAUUGUGGAAGUUGGAAUCAGGUUUCCAAUAUGGUUUCAAAGGCUAAGUUUGAAACCCAAUGGAUUCUU